AUGUCUUGUCCACUAAAAGAGAAUACAAUAGCACAAUUGCUAGAAGAGGAAGACGAUGAAGAAGAAAUUGUGUCGGAAAAAGAAGAUUUCGAAGAACAUAGUGAGCGUGAAAGUGAAACGGAGCAGGAAGCAAGUAAAUUAGUAUUGACCAAGUGGACGAACUUACGGAAUGUCUGGAUCCGAACAAACAAAAAUGAUGAAAAAAAAUCAGGAUCAGGGGCAAAGUCGUCAAAGCCAUAUGUAUAUAAAGAGCAAAUGGAUUUUUUGCGUAAAGUUGCUAGACCUAAUCCUCCUCAAGAGUCUGUUGCGUCGCGUAUAUCUCAACCAGGGACAGAAGGCAGUACUCAGUUUUCUGAAAAUUCGCAACCAAGCACUUCUAAAAGACAAAAGACCAUGCCACCACAGCAACAUAUAAUGGACUUAGAUGUCAAAAUGAGCGAGUUUUUAGACAGCAGGCUAUCACAACAAACUGAUCCCCCAAUUUUAUCAUUUUUUAAAGGUAUCCUACCCUCUGUUACGUCUUUCGACGAUGACGGAACGUUGGAGCUUCAAUCAGGUGUAUUAUCAAUGAUACAACAAAUCAAAAAGAAACGUGAAAACAGACUUUAUGCAAAUAAUUAUAAUUACGCGCGUGAUAGCACACGGCGAUCGGGGUAUUCGACACAGAACUAUAAUUAUUUAUCUACCGAUGAAUCCGGAUAUUCCUCUCAAAACCAGGCUGUUCUUACACCAUAUGGGUCUGGAUAUGAAAGACGUCAAACGUAUGAGGAAGGAUCUCCUGCUGCAUCUACUUGGUCGGAAAGUACUGAAUUAAAUUUCUCUGAUUUUUGA